AAACGUUUUCUUUUUGUUCAGUGUAUUGUCCUAUUAUUAAAUUCGUCGUUCUCAAUUUGGAAGUUGUAUAAGCAGAAUUUUGCAAGGAAACUAUCUCUUGCUUCAUUAAAACCACCGUGAUUUCGCAGAUUUCUGCAGCGAGAGAGGGGAGAAUUCAUACAGAACCUUGGCAAGACCGUCCGUCCGGACACCACAUUUGAAAUUAACUAUUGCCUCUCUUGACAUAAAACCAAGGAACAUAGACAGAAAAUGCUCAAUGUAUCGACCAUUUCUAUUAUCAAUCUUACGGUAUUAUUUACUUUCUAUUUUUACCCCUCACCAAAACAUAUAUGCUACUUGUGUUCAUAUAUGUGUGUGGCGCUUUGAUUCAGUUGAGACACAUUAAGAUGUACAGUAAACAUUCUAUCUUCGUCGACUAACAGGUGUUUUCCUGGCUGCGCAUUAGAGGCAUUUCAUAGGCACCUGCGCCUUUCCCCCCCACGUGUGCUGUCAGAGGUUUAGUGGAGAGAUGCACACCAUUGUCGGCUUUUGUGGGGACAUGACUGUUGUUUUUAGUUGAGAGCCUCAGACGAUGACAUAGUUGCGAAUCUUGUGCUUUUGGUUAGGCAGUAUCACGGUUUGUUUCUACUGUAUGGAUGGAGCUAGUGCUUCUUGUUUUGUUGAAGACUACUUUUCUGAGGGAAAAAAAUGCACCGAUACCGAGAGACGCCCAGCACAGCAGCAAGUUUUACAACCAUCAACCAGCACAUAUAAAGUGGCUAUAUUCAGUGUUAAGGCAUAUUGGAAAUACCAGUGAAACGUGAAUUUCAAUGCGGAAUCACAUUUGCUAAGUGAACGAAAAAUGACUUCCUUACGCCUUUAGGCAGUGUGGAUUUUGUAGUUUUCGCGAGCGAGUUAAAUAUCCUUCGACCGCUGAAGGAUUUAUUUUUUCUCUGGAAGUUUUUUGAACUAAAACCGUCAAACUGGCUAUGGCUGCAGCGAUCGCCAGCUCCCUCAUCCGGCAGAAGAGGCAGGCUAGGGAGCGUGAGAAGUCGAAUGCCUGCCGCUGCGUUAGCAGCCCCAACAAAGCCAAAGGAACAUGCGAGAAACCCGGCAGGCUGAGUGUUUUUUCUCGGGUGAAACUCUUCGGCUCCAAGAAACGGAGGAGGAGACGACCAGAGCCCCAGCUGAAGGGGAUAGUCACAAAGCUCUACAGUCGACAGGGCUUCCACCUGCAGCUGCAGGCUGAUGGGACCAUUGACGGGACUAAGGAAGAGGACAAUGGCUUUACCAUGUUCAACCUCAUCCCUGUGGGGCUUCGGGUCGUGGCCAUCCAGGGGGUGCAGACCAAGCUCUACCUGGCCAUGAACAGCGAGGGCUACCUGUACACGUCGGAACACUUCACGCCCGAGUGUAAGUUCAAGGAGUCGGUGUUUGAGAACUACUACGUGACGUACUCCUCCAUGAUCUACCGGCAGCAGCAGUCGGGCAGGGGCUGGUACCUCGGUCUGAACAAAGAGGGCGAGAUCAUGAAGGGGAACCACGUGAAGAAGAACAAGCCGGCCGCACACUUCCUCCCCAAGCCCCUGAAAGUGGCCAUGUACAGAGAGCCCUCUCUCCACGACCUGACGGAGUUCUCCCGCUCGGGCAGCGGCACGCCCACCAAGAGCCGCAGCGCGUCGGCCGUGCUGAACGGCGGGAAGGCGGUGAGCCAACACGAGUCCACGUAGCCCGGGGGCGACCGGGGCCCCCCUCCCCGGGGCCCGGUCCCACACUCACCUCCGGACUCCUCUCGCCUACGCCUCUCCCCCUCUACGCUUCAGGACAAAAAACCCGGAAAAAACACACCAGCACAACCGCACACACAAUCAGGCCCGCCCGUUACCAGUGACGACUACAACCACAACAACAACAACCACAACAACAACGACGACGACAACACAAGUAAAAAAAACGCAGAGGCAACCAGUCGGCAUCCCACUGGUUUCGCAUCACGAAAUCCGGCCAGAUGCCUCUCGUGGAGUUUCACUGUCCUGCGGAGCCGCUCGAUUAACGUCCCGCUAAGGCAGAAUUAGGCUGGCGUGAGUCAGGGCCCGGGGCCAGAGAGUCUGCGCUCAUUGCGGUCGCGGGGCGGCGGUCCCGCUCCCUGAGAGCCCAGCAGUUUUAAGCAGCGUCGCAGAGCUGCGGUGAGGAGGUAGGGCGCACCGACUCUCCUGCAUUACCCCGUGUUUAGUGCACGCUUGCAGCCUUCUCCAGCUUCCAACAGAGCCACCGUCCGGCCCAUCUGCGGGGAGGGUGUGGGGGAGCACGGAGGGGCAGUGGCUCUGCCCGCUAAUCUUCCGAAGUUUUGGAAUUAGCUGGGAGAUUUUCCCUCGCCCUUGUCUCUCCCCCUGUGCUCAGUGUUUGUGAUCUUUUGCCAUUGCUGUGAGAAACGGGGUCCCAGCACACCAAAGGCAGAACUGUGAGCGUCCCUUUAAGCAGUUCCUGUAGACGUCUGCGGAGAGCGAUGGGACUCUUAGUGUACAUUUAGACAUGAGAGCAGUAAGGAAGGAAUGCCAUGCACGGUACGUGAGCAUUAAUGUUUCAGUAUUGUAGGAACUGGUUGUUUUUGGUUUGUUUUUUGGUUGUUUUUUUUUUUGCUGGUAUGGUAUGCAAUGAGACUGGAGUAUGAGAUGACUGUUAAAUGUCCAGCCCUUUCUGUUCCCAGCUCUGUAUGUGUCCGUCCCCCUCUGUCUGUAACAAGUCCAGUAGUCAUGUCAAGACCCCCCCCCCCCCCCCCCCUUUAUUUUCAUGUAAAAUGGAUUUGAUGUCUCUGGUCACCGUGGAAACACAGUGAACCAAUGCCCACCAAGGACCCUGUUUAGUGAAUGAAUUAUCUCAUUGUGGUGAUUUUAUAUGACUAAAAAAAAAAGUUAAAUACUGUGGACUUUUAGGUGGCUUAACAUUUUAUAGGAUGUCAUAUUUGUAAAAGUGAACAAAUGUAAAAAAAAAAAAAAUUACAAAAAAAAUUAAAAUUAAAAGACAAAACUUUACCCUUUCUUGUACAGGGCAUGUACAGCUGACGGUGUACAACAAAGACCCUUUUUUGUGGGCAAAGUACUCUUUCCCCCUCCAGCAACAUAUCUCCCUCACACCGUACAUGCUACAGGGACGUUAUUUUUCGUUGUUUCAGGUGAACAUAUCUGUUGCAUGGGAGAGUGCUGGGACUAUUGGAGGCUGCAUGAUAUAGGCUGUGUGUAUUAACCCAUGUUGGAUCAAGUGUCCCAAACCAGGAUAAUAAAUCAUGCACAAGCAGGCAUUCUUCCUGGUACCUUCCAGUUGUUUAUUAAUUGUUGUAUACACAAAAUGCACUGAAUAAAAUGUUUAUAUUAAGAUAUACUUUUAAAAA